ACUAUGGCCAACGAUUUGACAAUGCGUGUUACCGACGAGCUCGAAGUUUCCCUCCAAGACGCUAGUGACUAUCUUUGUGAGUACCAGUCUCGGCUGAGGAAGGAAGACCCGGAGAAGCAUCACGCCUACGUACGUGACUAAUGUUCACGACCUUUGUGUCCGAGAAGCUGAAAUAUUGUAUUCAGUUGAACUACGUGGUGUGGAGGUGGAUGUAUACCUGCCCAGUCAAUUACUUCGACAAGUCGACUUGGGCGGACUUUGCUGAUUUCCCAGGCUACGAAAGAAAAUCCCAUGCAUCGCCUAAGCGCACGCACGCCGAGAUGAACCACGCAAAAGAGAAGCAUUCUUCAACCAAAAAAAUCGGGAGAUCAGCUUCCGUCUCUAAGGCAUCGCCCAAGAAAGUGAAGUUCACGUUUCCGUCGCCGCCCGCUUCCACGGCUUCGACUUCCUCACAGUCCGUGGACUCCACAGCCCCCGUCCUAGAAGAAUGGGAGGCCUUGUUCGAGGACACUUUUUUGACCGCCCCAAUUGGCGCCGUUACGCUCCCAAGCGCCAAUGCCCUAAUCUCGUCGGCUGUAAAUGAGGCUCGUGGAGGUGGGUAUAACCGCGGAAGACGUGCUUCCGUCGCAACCAUGCAGUUCGACAUGGAUGGCACCCGUAAGGAGAUGAUGAUUGGGGAUGUACCUGGAGUGGUUGGUGGUGGGCUAUCCUUGGCGGCGCAAUAUGGGGGUUAUUCUCCGUUACGGUAACGGUCCGCAGGAGUGCACGUGCGAAGGUUGAACACGAGCGGCGAGGGAAAGGAACAUUUUCAUCAGCCCUAGUCUUGUAGUCGCAGUUUGGUUUAUCAUGUAUCUUUAUAAGCUUUUACCUUCCUAGUAUGAAUCGCAAGCUAUUAUUCAAUCCUGGUCAUUUUUGGUCAGUCGAC